GCGCUUUGAACGCCGUAGAGAGCAGUAAAGUUUAUCUCAUCUUUGGAGGCGCGAUGGAGAGUAUUUGAUAAGAGCUGAUAAGCCGCCGCCAGCUCCGCAAGUACCUUUAAAAGCACGCUCAGUACCAAAUCGCGUUCCAUUGGGAUUCGGUAAUCAAGGCAAAGCGGAUCCAGAAUGCAUUUCGGAGUCUUGGGAAGCGGUAUCAUCGGUCUUACGACCGCCUUAGAGCUCCAAAGGGAGUUUCCCACGGCAAGGGUUUCCGUGAUUGCGGAUCGGUUCAACGAGGACACCGUCAGCUAUGUGGCGGCUGGAAUUUUCCGACCUGGAACCAGCUUCAUGGGCCCCACCCAGGAAAUUACGCAACAGUGGAUGACCGAUGCCUUCAACUACUGGGAUGAGCUGCGUCGCUCCAAGGAGGCUCCUCUAGCGGGAGUGUGCCAAUUAUCCGGCUAUAUUUACUCCCGCACCUCCCCCUCCAUCGUACGGAACCACUUUAUCGAGAAACUACUGCCCGCCUACAGAAGAGCCACGGAGGAGGAACUGAAGCUAUGCAACGGCGGCUGGAAGUACGGAUCCUUCUUCACCACAUGCCUAACGGAAAGCCGUCUCUUCCUGCCCUACGCCACCAAAAAAUUCCUGGAGAACGGAGGAGAGGUUGUCCGUCAGCAUGUGAAUAGCUUUUUAGAGGUGCCGCAGAACUUUGAUGUGCUCCUUAACUGCACCGGCAUGGGAGCCAAGGAGUUGUGCGGCGACCAGCAUUUAGUUCCCAUCCGGGGUCAAGUGCUCAAAGUGCGUGCUCCCUGGGUAAAGACGGCUUUCUACGGCGAUUACGACACCUACGUUCUGCCCGGAUUUGAGACUGUGACCCUGGGAGGGUGUCGCCAAUUCGAUAGCUACAACACCGAGUGGUGCAAAUACGAUAGCAUGGCCAUCCGAGAGCGGUGCUACGAUUUGCUGCCCAGUCUCCGGAAAGCGGAGAUCGUGCGGGAAUGUGUUAGUCUGCGGCCACACCGCUCCGUCGUUCGGGUGGAGCCAGAACUGAUCACGAAUGCGGAAGGCAGGCGGCUGAAGGUAGUUCACAACUACGGCCACGGCGGCUACGGUGUGACCACGGCACCUGGAACGGCUGUGUACGCAGUUCGAUUGGUACGCGAUCUGCUAGCGGGAAACAGUAAACUGUAGGUGGUAAAAUCUUUGUUAAUUGUUGGUCAUUAAACUCUUUAUACUCAUAAUCUUUGAACCCAGA